CAACUUUGAUCCUUCAUAAUUGACUUGCCCGUUACAGAUCCCGGUUUGGUGGGCGUUUUUGGACAUCAAUAUUCACGUAUAGACUAAAUUACCCUCUACAAUUCCUAAACUUUGCACUCAUCGCUGGCGCAAGAUGAUGCAAAGAGCUUUUGUUUUCUCUUCUUCAAACUCAAUCUCUCUUCAAUUGUCAACACCGAUUACUCCGCCUGUCAACGCCGUGUUCCCCGAACGAAACCGCGGCUGGAUCGCUCCUUACUCUCCCCUCCAGCCACCGGAACUUCGCUUGCGAAAUUACCAACGUGCCCUCCCUCCUCUGCUCUGCUCUGGGAGUGACUCAGUGACGAAUCAACAGCAAAUGGCGUCUCAAGAUGAGAGAGACCCUCGGAUUUCCAAAAUUUCUUCUGUGAUUCGUGUCAUCCCAGACUUUCCCAAACCUGGGAUUUUGUUUCAAGACAUAACAACUUUACUUCUUGAUAUCAAGGCAUUUCGUGAUACUAUUGAUUUGUUUGUUGAGAGGUACAGAGGGAAAGAUAUCUCUGUUGUUGCAGGUAUAGAAGCAAGGGGAUUCAUAUUUGGUCCACCUAUUGCAUUGGCUAUUGGGGCAAAGUUUGUUCCUAUGAGGAAACCCAAUAAGUUGCCUGGGGAGGUUAUAUCAGAGGAGUAUUCUUUGGAGUAUGGAACAGACAAAAUGGAGAUGCAUGUUGGUGCUGUGCAAGCAGGAGAUCGUGCGUUGAUAAUAGAUGAUCUCGUUGCCACUGGUGGAACCUUGUCUGCUGCAAUCAGGCUACUCGAGCGCGUUGGAGUGCAUGUUGUGGAGUGUGCUUGUGUUAUUGAAUUGCCAGAGCUAAAGGGUCGGGAACGGUUAGGAGACACACCACUGUUUGUUCUUGUAAGCUCCGCAUGAUCUCAGAAGUUUUGCAGUCAAAGAGCCUGUUUAUCGGCCUUUUGAGUUUGCAAUAUAGCUAGCCCGAAGCCCAACAAACUACUUGGUUCAAUAAAAGGGCUACGGUUGGUAUUUAAGGUCACAUUAGAUUGAACUAAGAACUAUGAUAAGUUUAGGUAUUGUUGACAUUCUUGUCUGUAUCUCUGAAGAGAGUCUGGAGGUGAGUGUCUACUACAAAGGUUGUAUUCCUGCUUGCACAGAUGGUUGGAUUGGCUUUUAAUUGAAAGGUCUUGUUUGUUGAUGCAAGAGAUUCUCUUGUGAAGGCCAUUGUUUUUGUUGUCAAGCUGAAUUCACCCCUUGCUGACUAUUGAUUUUGGCACUCGUAUAUUACUUUUUAAUCCCAUGUUGCCGCGUGAAAUAAGUUGGUGAUGGAGAAGAUCACAAAGGAAAGGAGACUCCAGAAGGGAACAAGUUUGUUCUGUCCAAUUUUCUAUUCCAAGAAAGAAAAUCAGGAGGAUAGGAAAACCUCUUAGUUGUAUCUUAGCAAUAUAAAAACAUUGUAGUAUGUAUGUCGGAAAAGAAAGGCGAAGUGAAUUUUCGCCAUGCGGUAAAACAGUUUUUUAAGCUUUUGCUUC